AUGAAUGAAGUUUUGUGCGGGCGCAGGGAAGACGAAGAGAACCGGAAAGUGUCGUUCGUAGUCUGCUGCAACCUGAUCCUCUUCAUCAUCAUGAUCAUACUGCUCAUGCUGCUGUUCAUGCAAUACUCGUGUGAGUAUAGUGAUACUGACAGCCUGGUGAUCAUUUACAAUGCACUUGCUAGCUCCGAUGAACACCACCGUCAGCGAACCAGUUACAACGCCCUCGACACCGGCUACGACCACACCGGAGGCGACAACCCCAAUGGCGACGACGACGCCGCCGACGAAACCGUCGACGACCCCAGCGCCGCCGCCGCCACCACCAACGACAGUGGUCUCGAGCUCUACGCCAAGCUCGACGACUCCGACUACAAAACCGCCCACGACGACAUCGACGUCGACAACCCGUUAACCUUCCGGUUGUUUCGCUCCCGUGAUAUGCCAGGCAACUACACGCUCAUCUGCGUGUUCGAGGCGCUGCGUCAAGUGCUGUGGAACAAGAGUUAUACGUGCACCGACUACGUCUACAUCCGGUUCUUCACGUACAGCCACGACAAUGACCCGACAGUACAGGUGGUGUUCGAGAAGAAGAAGCUCAAAUCGGGACUCGUGAAAAUGUACUACGACGACAGCGCCGAAGAAUGGAGACAGUACAGCUAUCGAGCGCUCGACAAUCGAGUGAGGACUGCCAUUGGACGACACCCAGGAACCCGCUGGUUUUUGGGCCUUUGGGGUUCCGCCUACAUGAGGCUCAUGUCCGGUCUCUUCCACGCGUCCGUCGUGCAAAAGGCCCUGCACGAUGCGCUGCGGAGCAACUUCAGCGAUAAGGUUAACAUGUCCUACUUCCACGGGUUCGCCAUCAUCAACAGCAUCAUACGCGACACCCGGCCCCUGGGUCGCUCCUUCAAUUUCAGCGAUAUCUUCCGGGGCCAUACACACGGCACUCCAAUCCUGGAUCCCAGCUGGUCAUUGAUACACACGGCGGCGAUAUUUCCUUUCGGGCCUGCCGUUGUUCCCGAGUCCAUGGUCAAACACAUAUUGGAGGAAGCAGACCUUGUAGGGAUCAGCACGGCCAACACCACGGACGAGCCAAACUUGUUGAUGGACAAUGUCGAAAACACCGCUCCCUACCUGUUUGCGUCACCGCCCAACCCGAUCAUGCCGCCCGGCCCAAAUACACGAGGCAUGCUGGACAUCCUCAAGGAAUUCCCGCACUGGAAGAACGUGCUAAACAGGUCGAGACUAUGCUUCUCCGUCACUACCUCGAUCAACUACGCGCACACCGACGUCGACGGCAUCGACUUCGUGAGGGAUGUACGCCAGAACGAAGAUGUGCAGCGUUACAGCCGCAGGCGGUUCGUCGCCUUCAACGCCACCACCAAGUUGCCAGUGGAGAAGAAGCUCAUGGUCUACCAUUACGACAACGUCACGCACACGCAUUACUGGCGUCGCCUGCCGCCCGGCGAGAAGCUUCUCAGCUUCUUCGCGUACGACAUGGCCGAAACGCUCAAAUACAAGGUCGAGCAGCUGCUGAAUGCGUACCCCGACGACCGAUGCGUCGUGUUCGACGACUUGGGCGAAGAUGGCCUGGGCGCCAGCUUCACGGUCGAAUACUGCAUCAGGGUGGCCGUCCACUGCUUGACGUACGCGUCUUCGUCGCUAUUCGUGGUAUCGGCGGAAGGCGCACUCUGCGACCAGCUAAGGGACUACGCGGUGGACCUGAACCCGUACCGCAAGACUCUCGAGGUGUUCCUGAUGCUCUCCAUGCUGACCACGUGCCUGGGUGUGGCCGGCUACUGCAUCCUCUCUUACCUCAUCGUCGAGUACUUCUUCGCAUCCGGAGGCCUACUCCACGUGGCGGAAACUGAAAUGGAGGUAUGCACGGACGAUGCCUGUGGCGAGUACGAGCACCGGACAAUGGGAUUUGUCGAUUGGAAGGGUAGCCCGUGCGAGAACUACUUCAAGUACGCUUGUUCGGGCUUCCAGAAGGAGGCCGUCGAUCUGAACUUUGCCGUAUACAGACCGCACAACGAAGUGGUAGACAUCGAGUACGGCAUACUCAUCGAGCUCCUCUUUCAAGAUGGCUCCGACCAGUGGCCCAGCAAAGUUCUCGAGUUGCAUAACACUGCCAGGCAGGCGUAUCGCCUCUGUCGCGCUUCCGAAGGUGAGUGGGGGAUCCGGUGCCUAUAUUCUGCGUUCUUGAGCAAUAGCCAAAUGGAUGCGCGUUUUCGGCCUAUUAUUUGCUCGUAGCCGAACAUUUACCCCUCUCUUUCACG